UUCCUGAGGUGACCGAGGGGAAAAAGGAUCCCCCUUUGUCGGGGACGGAGGGGGGAAAGCUUAGAAAUGGCAGCUGCUGCUCUAAGGUGAAAUAGCGUGGCCUGGAAAAACGUGAAAAUAGGAAUGUGAAUGUAUGAAAACAGACGUUUUUCAGAAAAAGUGCGCAAGUCUUUCUCGGAUUUGCUACCCUUUGCAGUUUGGGGAGUCUUUAGCAAACGGGGUAGCGGGUUGCUGGCGGUGCCGGGGCUGCCGUGACAGGACGCGGACAGGCCCCGCGGAGGGUCAUCCCACUCCGUACGUAGCCCCUGUCCCGCGUCUGCCGGGCAGGUGCUCUAUAAGAAGAUGCAGGAAAGCCGAGGACAAAACAUGGUAUCAAUCGGGCUCUCGGAGGCUCUUGCAAGCCUUCAAGCCGCAGUGCUGAAUGCCGGCAUAGGAGGCUUCGUGUCCCCGAAACCUCCCUUUGCAUUUACUGGUUCAGCUGCGGAUGUUCUUGUUACCCACGUUUAUGUUCACCUCCUCUCUGAAGUGUCAUAAAUCAUGGAACUAUAACGUGAAUAGCAUUGUGUUCUGCAGCUUAGGUGUAUUUUUCCAAAGUAAUUGUGAAUAUAAUGCGUAUUUUGUGGUUGCACCAAGACAUGCCCUGUCUCCUCCUGCUACUUGACGUUCCCCAAAUAAUCCCAUUUGAUUUUUUUCCCAGUUUGGCUGCAUGAGAGACGAUUCCUUGCCUUUAAUCAUCUUCCUCCUCCUCUCAGCUCUGCCUAAUUACAGUGUCCUUUCUGAGGUGGGUGGAUGUGCAGGGUGCUGUGGGUGUAUCACUGAUUCACCUCCUGCCUCUACUGUUUCAACACGCCCUUUCCUUCAUUAGAGCUGCAUAUUGAUCAGCGGCUUUCACAGAACCACCUAGAAUGUUUCGAGGACUUGCCUGUAAUUAGAAGAGCUCUGUGGGAUAGAGGAGUUGCGUUUUUCCCCUUUCUGCCUGCAUUAGUGUGCAUUAUUCAGGAGUGGACUUGAUGUGCUAUUAUAUUAGCCUUUUGCUUAGCUUGAUUAAAUCUCCUUGAAGUCCUUUGCAGACUUCUCUGAAUUUGACUAAACAAAAUCCCUGUCUGCAAACAAGUCUUACUGCUCACAUCCAGGUCUAGCACAUGAAUGUAUAAUCACAAAAUGAUCAGCAGAAUAUGCAAAAAAUGUUUUUUAGAUUUUCUGAGCGGCUGAGACAAAGCAGACCGUUUGGUUAACCAGAAAUUAAACCCCAAAUUAAACUUCACAAUUUGCUGUGGGUCUUUCAGUCCUAAAUGUGGAACAGUUACAAAAAAAGUCAAACUACUUUGAUUAAAGUCAGUCUUUUUUUUUUUUUUCAUGCGCAACUAAUCAACAUGCCUCAUUUUAAAGUUAUUUGAAUGACAGGAGGAAAAGCUUCCACACUUCCCUCUCCAGCUGGUCUAGUUUACCUAUAGACCCUCAAGAUGUUGCUUGUAAAUAUAAGUGAAAAUUUGUCAAACUGAACUACAGCCUUUAAUUAAACCCCUUGACAGUCUUCAGUUCUCAAGUUGCUUGAGGUCAGCCAAACCCCAAGGCAACCCUCGUCCCUUUGGAAAUUCUCUGGUUUGAACAGCCUUCCCUUUUCUCCCUUCCUUUCCACUGCGAGAGCUGCUUAUCUAAGAGUAAUGGGGUAUUUUUGUACCUGCCUGCUAGGUGUUUGUGGAGGGACUUUCGUCUGUAGGGAGAGUGAGUGGAAAAGGGAGAUUAAUUUGGCUCCCAGGGAGCGAACCCCCUGUCGGGAGGCACAGGACAGGGGGGUGGGGAGGUGGCAGGUGGCACAUUUGUCCCUUGUAAGGGCUUGGACCUCCGUGUUGCCCUAUCUGCUGGUGGUGAAUGCCAGGACAUCUCAGGAGCAGCUGGAAGCAGGACCAGAGUCUCUGUUUAUGAGUCACUGUGUUCUGGUGGUUGUGUUAAGUGAACAUGCAGUCCUAGGUGUAAUGAUACAUGAGAAGUCAGACUCUUGCUUUUUUUCCCUUUUAAUCUUUUUUACUUUUUCUCCUGUUCUCCUUUGGAACAACCUUAUUCCCUCAUCAUUCAUUUGUAUGUUCAUGAGACUGCUCAUCUGAGAAUGGAAACUCUGUUUAAGCAGCUGAGGAUGCCAGGGUGAAACUCCCUGCUUUGUCUCUGUCCAGUGUGCUCAGCAAUGUUUCAGGAAAAAAGCUGCACCAUCUUCAGAUGUUUCUUAUUUACUUUGAAAACUUAUCUGCACUUCCAGCGCACAAGCUUUAAUAGUGAACUGUGUAAGUCAGUGAGUAGUUUAAAGGACGGAGUUAUUGCAGCUGUCCUAAGAAAGCGGGUAUCGAGUUUCUCAUCUGGAAACAAAAGCACAGGCUGGUCCACCUGUUCCUCGGGGGGAAUGCUCUGCUCAUGUCAAUGGUAUGUAGGAAAGAAAGGCACUGCGUGGCUAAUUGCUCUCAGACCAGGAAAAAUCAGAAGUAAGGAAUGUUUUUUUAGUCUUAGGUAAUGGGUGGAAUAUUUAGUCGAUGUUCAAAGUGACAAGUAAAAGUAUGAUUGGAUGUGCUCAUUUACUAGAAAAAGACCAUACUGCUGCACUGAGAUAAUUGAUAAUUGGAUGUAGAUAGAAGUAUUUAGUGUUCUCUUUUCUUUGCCUUCUAUUCUUUGGUUUUUUGAGACUUGGAUUGUGUUUCCACCCUUUUUUACAGCAGCAAGCUCUGCUAGACAUUUAUCUCUUCCAAUCUUUUUUUUUUUUUGCUUGUCCCCAUCCCAGGAAAGUAAAGAUUUACACAAACCGAUGAAGUUAAAGCACAUUUUAGGAAAAAAGUUAGGAGAGCUGACUGCAAGGUGCGGACCUGACACUCUCGCAGCAAGUCAGGAGGGAAGGGUGUGCAGUCCCGGCCGGGGGGGGUGGGGUCUUGGGGUGUCUGCCAGGCUGUGGCCUGGGGGCCGGGAGGAGCUGGCGGAACCCACCCCAGCACAGGGCAGGCGGCCGGAGGCCUCCGCGCAAGCCAGGGCAGUGAAAUAGGGGGAGGCAGUGGGAGGUAUCUCACCUUGAUAAAGCCCCCUCAGCAUCUUCUCUGGAGCACUAACUUUUCCUGAGGUUGUGUGGUUGAGUGGUUUCUGUGGUUUUUUGUUUUGUUUUGUUUUUUCCCACUAGAGCGCUGUUCUGAAAUGAUCCUAUUUCACUGUUUUGACCUCCGUGAAGUCCAGGUCCCUAGCAGUGACAGCUGGCCGUUUCCUCUGCUCCCUUGUCUUGCCCUUGUCAGGCCAUUUCUCCCAUCUUCUGUUCAAGUGUAACGCUGGCUGGCUGGGUGCUGAGAUGCUGCCUUUGCUGCCAAUAUGCUGUGUUAUCACACUUUGCCUCCACCCUGCUCUCAAGAGGUCUCUGAAACCCGAGGAGUUUAUUUUUUAGGGUUAUUGAGUCCCAUCACACCACUCAUAAUUGCUCAAGGUGGAAAUUUUGGAAGGGAUAGCAGAGGGGUGAGGAAGUUCUGACAUGCUGCUUCCCUGUCCCUUUGCCCUGGCAGCAGGAGCUGGGGUGCCUCCUUCCUGCGCUGUUACACGGUGCCAGGGUAGGCCUUCAUUUGGCUGCCAUUUAUGGAAGCAAAACCACUAAAAGUAAAAUCCCAGUGGAUUUUAGUGGUGUGGCACUCUGUAUUGCAGUUCAAAAAGUGGUUAAAAUCAUUCCCAAGAACCAAUUAUUGCAAAUAAAAUAGUUCUCAGGAUUUGAUCAUAUGAUUUUCUGUAAAAUAAUGUUAAUCUCAAGUUGGUAAAUUGUGGGGGUGUUUUUGCAGUAUACAAUCGUUAAUUCCGGUCAUUCGGCUUUUGGGUCCUACCUAAAAAGCCAGCAGUAGCCAGUAGCAAAAGCCAGUAGCUGGCUUUUGGAAGCAGUGAUGUUUUAGGCACUCUCUUUAGAAUUGCACCAAUUCAGGAUGCAUCUCUGCAAUGCAGUUUUUCCACAUUCUUCAUACAACCCAGCAAAGCCUGUGGAAAUCAUGGAGUGAUCCAACUGCUGAAGGCAGACCUUUGGUCUUUAAGGUAGAGGCUUUCCGUGACGCAGCAUGUGCUAUGGAACAAGAGAAAGAAAUCCUGCUAGAAAUGAUCCACAAUAUACAGAACAGCCAGGAUAUGAGGCACAUCAGUGAAGGUGAGAGAGAAGAACUUAAUUUGACUGCUAAUCGUCUGAUGGGCCGAACCCUCACUGUGGAGGUUUCUGUAGAAACCAUCCGAAAUGCCCAGCAGCAGGAAUCCCUACUGCAUGCCACGAAGAUGAUCGAUGAAAUCGUCAAUAAACUUCUAGAUGAUUUGGAAGAUGCCAAAAUCCGCUUAAUGUCACUUUACGGUGCGUGCACAUCUGACGUGCCAGCGGGACCCAUCGAUCAGAAAUUUCAGUCUGUGGUAAUUGGAUGUGCCAUUGAGGAUCAGAAGAAAAUCAAAAGGCGGCUAGAGACUCUGCUCAGAAACUUAGAAAAUUCUGAAAAGUCAAUCACAUUGUUGGAGCAUCAGAAAUCAUCUGUUCGACAGUCUUGCAACAGCAAACAGGAUUAAACUACCUUCCUGGCUACUUCUGGCAAAUCGCAGGAUGAGCAAGUCUCUGCAAACAGCACACAGAAGCUAAGAAAAAAAUCCUCUGUACAAGCACAGGUGUAUAUAUGCAUGCACCUGCACCAGAAUAUCUUUGAUUGCGAGGUGCGAGCAUUUAAUGGGUUUUGGUAGCAUUGGCAUUUUCUUUCGGCAAUAAAGAAUGCUAUCAGUUCUCCUGUAGAGUCGAUACAGCGCUAUUGCAAAUUGUAAUUGUGCUUCAGCUGAACUGUCAGAAACCGUCAAAAUCUAGUCUUCUUCCAUUCUCCUUGUUUUGGUUUGUUUUUUUUUAAACUAAAGUUGUUUUGUCAUAUCAUGAGAUUUCAGCUUUUCUCUGCUGUAUACGUAAGUGUGUGAACCAGACUUUUGGGGACAAAAGACAAAUCAUGGCAAUAAAUCAGAAACACUAAUAAACUGUAUAUGGUAUUUUCAUAAACAAUACACUGACCUACUCAUUACCAUUUAUAGUUUGAAUAAUUUGGCUCUAUUUGUAAGUAGAUCACAAUACUUCCAAGAGACAGAAAUACCCAGUUUGUAACUGAGGAUGUGAAAAGCAACACGUCCCCUCCAAAGCUCACAACCAAGGCUGGAAACAAGCUCCAGCUCUCGUGAUACCCUUCCAUGCCUGCCUGGUGAACCAUCCUGCCCCCCCCCCCUUCCCAUUUAUUUGUAGUUUGAGGUUGCUGUGUAUUUUUUUAAAAAAUAUAAAGGGGAAUUGUAUUUUAUCAGCAAACUCAUUUUGCAUCAUCAUCUGUGAAGCCACAGAGCAAACCAGUUGAAUUCUCAACUGAUAUACCAUAUUUGUUUCUUGUGUAGGAUGGGACUUUGUUUAACAUAACUCACUCUUUGGGUGAGUGGCUUUUUUUCUCUUUUUUUUUUUUUUGCUUCCACUCCCUUACUCCAUAUAAUUUCUGCUCAUUGUUGCCAUACUCUGUUGCUGUGGGUCAAAAGCUGAAGAUUUUAGUGUAAGCCUGGAAUUUUGCAACCCCUUGUAGCCUGUCAGUUUUGUGCUAUUUCACCAAAGGCUGGUGGUCACCUGAGGACAGCAGGGGGCUCUGGCUCAGCCCUUGGCUCAGAUUAAAGCUCAGCUGGAGGAAGCAGGAAUGGCUGGAGAUGCCACUACCCAACCCCAGUCUCUUCUGCAGCAGUGGGCUGCCUUCAGCCUUACAGCCUGAGCAUCACACCUGGAUGCUCCCAGAGCACCAGCCCCAGGUGGGAGCUCUUCAUGUCAGGCUUCUGCACAACCAAAGCUCUGGAGGGGGUUAUUCUCACAAAUCAUGCUGUGAAAUAAACUGAACAUAGUUUAUUGAUGCUUAGAAUAUUCCUUCAAUAUCUGUUUUUUUUAAAGGCCAUUCUAAGGUUAUUUAGGCCAAAAGUGUUAAGGGUUUUUUUGUUGUCUUUUCUAGAUCCUCUUCAUUGUACCAACAGCUGAAAGUAUUUUCAUUUUUUAUAGCAGUUGUACAGAUGUCUUUGUUCUUAAGGACAAAAUGAUCACAACCUCUGUAUCUACAGCUAAUAGUGUAGAUUAGACUUACUUUGACUUAAGUUACUGGUUUAUUUUUAAAAUUCUUUCUUCCAUUUGCCUCCCAAGUCCUGUGUUACCUGACCUACAGGAGGUCUGCAAUACAGCCAUCACUACCCUCUCCUCUGCUUUAAGAUUGUGCACUAACAUGCCACAGCCAUUAAAGAUCUUACAGAUUUGAACAAUCUGAUUUUAAAACCAGUGAUACUGUCCUUAAAGUUUCUUUCACAGUCAUACCUGUAAGACACAGCAAAAGACUUUUUUUUUUUUUUACCAUAGUUUCAUACCAGCUAUUUUAAAGUAACUUAACAGAGCUAAACAUAUCUGGCAUCAUACACAUGAUGGAGAUCAACAAAAGAACAGAUUCAAGUUUUUCUCUUUUUUAAGUGCUCUGUUGUCAAAAAUCAAAACACAGUAGGCGUAAGGCAGCUGGGACAAAGGUUUAAGAAGCACUAAUGGAACUUUCGGUCCCAUUAUCUCCUGAGCAAUAGAACAGGCUGUGCUCACUUCUCAGCAUAAACCAGUCUUGCAAACAGGAAAAAAUGCCAUUUGCGGGUAUGAAACAUCUCAGCGAUGCCAGAGUACCCAGGUGUUCGCAGUGGUUACCGCGGGGGCUGGCAGCAGAAGCCACAUUAAACAGCCACCCACCCGCCUGAAGCUGAACAUGAUAGAGCUGCACAGUACAUGAAACCCCCACCUCUUGAGUGGCAAAGCUGCUUCUCAAAGUCUUUGUGUAACCGUAGUUAAGCUCUUCCCUGGCCUAAAAAUACGUGACCAUAAAAAUGUGAGUUGUCUUACAUUUCAAGAUUUUUUUCUUGCCUAAAACAUUGUUAAUUAAUCCUUAUUGGGGUGUUAAGCAAGUUGGGUUUCUGUGUGCAAAACUGCAUGCAAGAGGAAGCAGGGGUAUAUUACUUCCCAGACUCUCAAGAUACCUGGAUAAAGACAAAAAAACCCAACAAAAUACCCCAACCAACCACCAGUGACUAUUUACCUGAUUCUUCUCAGAAAAUGCGCCAGGCAUCACUGAUAUAUCGGUAAUAUUUUAAUGCCACUUCCAAUGUCUACAACCAUUCACUUAAACCUUGUCACUGUGUUAUCCAGACCCAUCACAAAAAAUAAAAUGACCAGAAAGAACAGAACGAAAUCAGUAUUUUGUAUCUGAACUGUGUGGUGAAGAAAUCAUAGGCAAGAGCUCAAGCAUCAGCAUUUUGUUAGAUGGGGGUGCCAAUGCUUGUUCCUUUGAGGGUAUCAAAUGUGCUGUCUUGGGUCCCAACUCUUUGCAACACAUGGGCUAGAACCGGGCACACGAGUUUCUCCAGCAGAUUCAGUUCGCACAGCUACAGGCUUACAGCCAUUUUUUGAAAUUUAAUACACUGACAAUUUAUUAUAACCACAGAAGUAGUGACUUGUGCCAGACCAAACAGUAAUCAGACAGAUUUAAGUUGCAUGAUACAACUAACGUCACUUACAAGAGAACAGCAGAAUUAAUUCAUAGGGAUUUACAGGAACAGCAUACACAGAAUAUUCAGUUUUAAACAUUUAUUUUUCCACUUGAGGAUUUAUGGUAAGUUAUGCUGACUUUAUUUUUUCUAGAAAUAUAUUACAUUUAACUUGAGAUCAUGAUGGUGAUAAAAACAGUUAUGUACAUUAUCUGUUUUAACCAGUUUACGUGAACUUGCAAAUAAGAGUUGUCAUUUAUUAGUAAUGCUGCAUCUUUAUCCUCACACUGAGAGCAUAUUUCUGCUGGUCCAGAGUAAUUUUUUACUUUUUUUGACCAACUUAAGUCAGUUCUGCUGAACCACAUUUAUCUCAGUAAGGUAAGACAGAACACUCACUCCACAAGUUAUUAAUCAGUAUUACCCUACUAUUAGAAACCUGAGAAUGAGUCUAGUUUAGUUCUAGGACUCACCUGGCUUUGAGACGACUCCUAUAGAGCACUUCUUUGACACAGAACUGUUUGAAAGUUUCUCUUGUUCUAUUAUAGCACCUUUCAUUUGGAAUCUAAGCAUUGCUGCGUUUUUUUCUUCUGUAAUUUUGGUUACCUGUUUGGAUGCUGUAUUUAACAGAAGUAUUUUCUUUUAUCAAUACUAUCUGAGCAUUGAAAGAAAGAUGUGCACAACUGUUGCUCCCCACAAAAAGAUGGUAAGGUGAUUUUGAGGAAAUCAAACUUGUUAGACCACGUUUGCUCUCCGGUUUAUGUAUAGUUAGUGUCCAGGUACUGCAACUUCAGCCAAAGGUCUGUGACUACAUUUAGAAAAGCAGCAGGGGCUUAGGUACCAUCACUGGAAUCCAAGCAGCAUGUUUGUUUGCUUGCUGUAUGACUGAAUUCCCACAAGAGGGUUCUGCAGUGCAAAUCAUUAAUUCUGUUAUCAGUUGGUAGUUAUCAACUUGAACAGAUGAAUUAACAGGUUCAGAGUGCAUGUUCACUGAGUAGUAUGCAUGUACCCUAGCAUAACCUCCAGGCAGUACGUGUUCUGCUGCUCAAUUCCCUUUAGUAUAAUGUACAUCUACAGAAGUGAUGCAAAGGAAAACUAUGUGUCAGAUAGGCUGUAGCCCAAUAACGGAGAAGAAAAAAAAAGAAAAGACAAAUUUUACUGAAGCAUAAAAAAAAUUAAACAGGAAAUCAGACUGACA